GGGAACACCUGUUACAUGAACGCAACCCUCCAGAGUCUCUUCAGUCUCCAAAUUUUCUCCCAGGACAUCAGGGGAGAGGAAGGCUGCUGGAGGUCAAAUCUGACAGCUUUACUGAAGUGCCUUGCAGAUCUGCACUCAGCAAGGGCCAGUCACAGCAGGCAAAAAAUCAGCCUGCUGAAAACCUUAAAACAGACCAUCGCGACGAACUUCAGCGACUUCUGUGGGACCGAGCAGCAGGACGCUCAUGAGUUCCUCAGUGUUCUCCUGUCCCAGCUUAAAGAGGAGGGGGUUUCCCUGAGGACAAGGGAGGGGCUGCACCCCUACACCUGUUCCAUCGAGGCAAAUUUUGAAUUUGACCUCCUGACCACCAGAACGUGCCUCAGCUGCGGGGAGAAGGUGCGUAGAACGGAGUCCUACAACUGCUUGUCUGUGGACUUAGUCCCUGGGGGCUCCGUACAAGACAGUUUGGCCCUCUACUUCAAGGGCUAUGAGGUAGAGUGUCGGUGCCAGUGGUGCUCUGGGCAGUUGGCCACUGUGGAGCCAACGUUACAGUCACUGCCUCGAGUGCUGGUCGUGCAGCUGAAACGGUUCAGCUUUAACUCCAGAGGGAACCUGGUGAAGCUGCACGAUCGUCUGCACAUCUCCCCACAGCUCAGCCUGCAGGUCCACAGCACGGCCAACGUUCGCUUGCCAGGGACGGCCAAGCCCCACCUCACCCAUGGGGAUUUCUGUGAAACCUACCCUUCACCAGGGGGUGCUGUUCCCUUUGCAGAAUGAAUAUAGAAUCACCAGUGUGCUGUCCCACAUUGGGUCGAAUAUGAGACACGGUCAUUACAUCUGCGAGAGCUGUGAGUCCAACACACAAUGGCUCUCAUUUGACGACGAGAGGGUGCAGCAGCUGGACCAGAAGACUGUAUUGAGGCAGAGGUCAAACUCCGCCUAUAUACUGUAUUAUGAGUACAGGGCUGCUGGUGAAUAGAGAUCUCUAUGGAACAGAGACCAUGGCCACUCUUUAAUGAAACUGCUCCUCUCUGCACCUCCAAGAGCUUGGAACAGCCAGGCAUGUUUAUGUUUUUUGCUGAUGUUAUUUGAAAUGUAUGAUAUGAGCAUUGUAGAAAAGACAAAGGGUCGUUCUAUGAAAAUGUGCCAUUUUAGAUUUCAUGUGUCCAUGUAUAUAAUUUAAUUAGCCCUGUUACCAACACAUUAAAUAUGAUUUGAAUUGGUUAAAAAAAAUAUUGAAACAAAUUCAACAGAUUACAAAAAAUAAAAGACACAUUGUUACAUUUAUUGGUAAAGUAUAAAUAGUCAGGCUGGUAAAUCAUUCUGGAAAUUGUUUCCCAUCGUUGCAAUUCAAAAAAGGGAGUCUGGGCACUGUCUUAAUAAUAAUCCGACAGGAUAAAAUUGUGUGUGGAUCCAGGUGCUUUUCUUUUUCCAUCAAUUUACAGAGGUCAAAAAAUAACUUCUCUAAGUCCAGCGGCAUGUGUGCCUGUUCAUUCUUAAGCAACUAUUUCGGAACAACGAUCUUUUCCUUGUAUUUUGUUUCCCCAGCAAAAACUGAACCAAGGUCUCAAACAUGAAUAGAGGGGUUUAUUCCUUCUUCCUUUUGAUUUGGAUUAAAAAGAAGAAUUUUUUUAAAAGAAUAAUUAAUAACAAUAAUACAUGUACAUGUUUGCGUGCAUAAACCUACACAUAUAACUAACUCUGCCCUUUCAACAGAGGGGUGCCAUUUCAAUUUUCUGCCAAUUUACCAUCUUUAUCUCAUACCAUUUCUGGUCUCUUUGGGCUUGUGUACACAAUCCAGUAGUCCCACAUUCUUUAAAACUUGAAACCUGCUGGAGUGUCUAAGAAUAUGUGAAUCUCUCACAAAUAUCUCAUGCAUUACAUCAACCCAGUCAUCCAGCAUUAUUUUGAGAAGGUGCUCAUCUUCUUUUUCUGUAGGACCAAAGAUUGCCCUUCUGAAGUAUAGCUCUACAAAUGUCAAUGGCAUUUCUACCUUUAAAAUGGCCUCCAUUUAUUCAUGAAUCCCCUUCCAGAAUGGAGAAUCCUAUCCGGCAUCUUUCUCUCAUUUUUCCUUACUGUAUUCUUACCGUUUUCUCCUUUUCAUUUUUUUGGGAGUUGAUCCUACUGCCUGAUUCAGAUUCAUAGGUUGCUGAAACCACUUUCAGUACUUCAGAUUCCAUUAGCUCUGAAUCCUCUUCCUCUUGUAAUUAUCUGUUCCAAAUAAUGGCGUACUUGUCGGUAUCUAUGUAAAUCGUGAUUGACUAGCCCAUCUUGAUCUUUAAGUUCCUGAAGACCUUUAAUUGCUCCUGGGUUUUAAAAAAAAGAUGCUGUGGGCUGUGAGGCCCGUCCUAGUAAU